AUGUGUUUUAAUAAGAGGAUCAACUCCAAGAAGAGUAUAACGAACAAUUCCAAUGGGACACAGGUUGUCCUUACAAAAAUCGAUUUUGAAUUGUCCGGCGAUUUUUCUUGCGAAGUGACUACAGAUUUUUCAUUUUCUACAGGAAUUGACACAAAAAUGAUGAACGUCGUUCAACUCCCUAAACAACCCCCUGAAUUAUGGGUAGACCGACGAACUUUGAAUUCGUCUCAUAUUUUGUAUGCCAGAUGUACCUCGGCCCCGUCAAGACCGCCACAAACCCUAAAAAUUUUAAUAAACAACCAAACGGUGCUUGCAACAAGCGAAUUUGGUGCAGCGUCUGUCACAAAAGUUGACGAUUACAAUGGGUCAACGACGGUUACUUGUAUUGCCCAAAUAUUUGACCUGUACGAGAAGAUUGUGGAAAUACAACUGGACAGUUUUAAGGAUCCGACACCAGAAAAAGUUAGAGCUGACAAUAGUGGUAGCGAAAAAAAUUGCUUCAAUCUACUACUAGUGACGUCUUUUGUUUUCGUUGAAAUUUAUUUACAGGGUGUUUAGAAAGCUGGUGUGGU